AAAAACAAUUAUUGAUCUUCAUAUGGUACAUGGCUAACUGUGAAACCCAUCGACAAAUAGGAAACAGAUUUAAUAUUGCUGACAGUACCAGCCAUAAAGUAGUGCUAAAUUGUUUAAAUAAUAUGAAAGAACUAUCUGGUAAAUUUAUAAGAUGGCCUAGAGGACAAGAAGCCAUCAUCACUGUGCAAAAAUUCAACUGUCUUAGACCAAAUGCUUUCCCUGGAGUAUUGGGGGCAGUCGACGGUUGUCAUAUUUCUAUACUUGCCCCUUGGGAAAAAAGGACUGUUAUGGAAAAACUUGAUAGGAAUAUGUUUUACAAUAGAAAACAAGUCCCUUCAGUUCUGCUACAGGGCAUAGUGGAUUCCGACCUGAAGUUCAUUGAAGUGUUUUCGGGUUGGCCCGGAUCAUCUCACGACGCAAGAGUGUUCAGAAGAAGUCUAAUAGGACAAAAACUUUUGAGUCAUGAUUUAAGUAUUUUACCAGAAAAUUGUCAUAUUCUGGGUGAUGGAGCUUACCCACUCUCAGAGAAUGUUAUGAUCCCUUACAGGGACAAUGGGAAUUUAACCUUAGCCCAAAAACAUUUCAAUCGGUGCCUGAGUAGUUCUCGAGUUGUAGUUGAACAAGCAUUUGGGAAACUCUACUGCAGAUUUAGAAAGUUGAAACAUAUGGAUGUAUACCACAAAUCACUGCAGCUUGUUGCUUACAUAACAUAUGUAUCGAUAUGCAAGACGAUUUUGAUGCUGACCCUUAUACUCCAGAGUUAG